UAUAAUUAAAAGCCAAUUAGAUUUAUUUUCCUGACCAGUAUGUUCUUAGCUACUCACCAAUACAUAUAGCCAAAGUUAUAAAAUAAAUAUGUUUUUAUAUUUCCUCUUUGCGCUUGUGGCGACAAGCUUUGCACGACCGCCCCAUUUCGAAGGAAGCCCAGAUCUUUCGAUAGCAAACGCGAGAACUCCUGCUCCACUGAAUGUGAUAACGGUGCCAACGAAUUGUCCUGCUGGGCAGGAAUACAUAAAUGGAGAAUGCCGUGAUGUUUGGAGAGCCGACAAUAUUGGCAGAACCCCUGCUCCACUGAACGUUAUAACGGUGCCAACGAAUUGUCCUGUUGGUCAAGAAUAUUUCAAUGGAGCAUGCCGUGAUGUUUGGAGAACAGACAAUAUUGGCAGAACCCCGUCUCCUUUGAACGUGAUAACUGUGCCACCAAAUUGUCCUGCCGGUCAGGAAUACAUCAAUGGCGCAUGCCGUGAUGUUUGGAGAACAGACAAUAUUGGCAGAACCCCUGUUCCACUGAACGUUAUAACGGUACCAACGAAUUGUCCUGCCGGUCAAGAAUAUAUCAAUGGAGCAUGCCGUGAUGUUUGGAGAGUAGACAAUAUUGGCAGAACCCCUGCUCCACUGAACGUUAUAACGGUGCCAACGAAUUGUCCUGUUGGUCAAGAAUAUAUCAAUGGAGCAUGCCGUGAUGUUUGGAGAACAGACAUUAUUGGCAGAACCCCGUCUCCUUUGAACGUGAUAACCGUGCCACCAAAUUGUCCUGCCGGUCAGGAAUACAUCAAUGGCGCAUGCCGUGAUGUUUGGAGAACAGACAAUAUUGGCAGAACCCCUGUUCCACUGAACGUUAUAACGGUGCCAACGAAUUGCCCUGCUGGUCAAGAAUAUAUCAAUGGAGCAUGCCGUGAUGUUUGGAGAGCAGACAAUAUUGGCCGAACCCCGUCUCCAUUGAACGUGAUAACCGUGCCACCAAAUUGCCCUGAUGGUCAGGAAUAUAUCAAUGGAGAAUGCCGUGAUGUUUGGUUCAAAAUUAAUUCGAAAUUUUCACUUUUAGAGGAGUCAGCCCCUGAUGUCGAAGAUCAGCCAAAUCAAGAAAUGGUGGAACUAGCCACUAUCUUCGAUUAUUCAUCGAGAAAUGUUAUAAGUGUGCCUAACCAAUGCCCGGCGGGAUAUGCACCAGAUGCGCUCGGUGUUUGCAGAGAGAUUUGGGUGCUAUAAGUAGGUACGAGUAUAAUUGAUGUAAAAGUUAGCGAUUCAUUGACUCUGUUGUUAAAAUGUAAAGCAAAAUAAUUAUGUACCUACCCAA